GUGCAGUCUUUCGUUCACGUGUUGUUGUUGACUUGCGUGCCGAGUGUGUUGUUAAUUUUAUAUUAUUGCUUCUAGGUUAUUAGAAAUGGAUUUCCAUAAGUUAAGAGAAUUAUUAAAAGCUACUAUUGACCCUAAUAGAAGAAAAGAAGCAGAAGAAGAACUGACGAAGAUCCGCAAAAUUGCCGGGUUUGGGCCAGCUCUGCUGCAGCUGGUGAUGUCAGCAGAGCUGGACACAUCAGAGCGUCAGGCCGCCGUCAUAUUCCUCAAGAACCUCAUCACCCAAGCCUGGCAGGAGCCACCCAAGCCUGACCCUGCUGACCUCACUGCUGUCAGUGACCCUGACGCAGAGUUUGCGCUGCUGGAGCAAGACAAGGUUGUCAUCCGCAACUCCAUCGUCGAUGCCGUCGUACACUCCCCCGACAUCAUCAGAGUACAGCUCGGGGUGUGCACGCUGCACGUCAUCAAGCAGGACUUCCCCCUCAAGUGGCCGGGGCUGGUGGAGAGCAUCCAACUCUACCUCUCCAACCCCGACACCAACGUCUGGCCCGGCGCCCUACUCUGCUUAUAUCAACUCACCAAAAACUAUGAGUACAAGAAGGGCACAGAGCGACAGCCGCUGUUGUCAGCAAUGUCAGCGCUGCUGCCGAUGCUGUACGAGCGCCUCGUGCACCUCAUGCAGCCCCAGACCGACCAUCACAUGCUCAUACAGAAGCAGAUCCUCAAGAUCUUCUACGCCCUCAUCCAGUUCCAGUUCCCCACUGAGGUCCUCCCACGACCCACGCUCACGCAGUGGCUUGAAGCCCUCCGUCAGAUCCUCAGCAGAGGGGCGGUGCCCCCUGGAGUGCCCCUCCCUCCUGAAGAUGAGGACCGGCUUGAGCUGCCCGGGUGGAAGCUGGCCAAGUGGGCCCUGCAUAUCCUGAACAGAAUAUUUGAGAGAUAUGGCUGCCCCAGCACCGUGGCUCCUGAACACAAGACCUUCGCGUCCUGGUACCUCAAGACCUUCAGUGAAGGCGUCCUUCAGGUGCUGCUGAAGAUCAUGGACCAGUACCGCAACGGGGAGUACGUGUCGUCGCGAGUGAUGCAGCAGACGCUGGUCUACAUAGAGAUGGGUCUCGGUCAGGCCCUCAUGUGGAAGCUGGUCGCCCCCCACAUGCUCCACGUGCUCCAGUUUGUGGUCUUCCCCCUGAUGUGCCACAGCGACAAGGAUCAGGAACUGUGGGACUGUGAUCCCGCUGAAUAUAUACGACAAAAGAACGAUAUUUAUGAAGAUUUAGUGUCCCCAGUCUCGGCGGCGCAGAACGUUCUCGCUACGUGCGUUCGCAAACGUAAACAAAUGCUUGAGAAAGUCAUGGCGUUCGUGAUGAACGUUUUGAACACCCCGAAUGUUGAUCCCAGACACAGGGAAGGAGCGUUCCAUAUGAUAGGAAGUCUCGGGAGUAUCCUGAUGAAGAAGGAUGUGUACAAAGAACAGAUGGAGGCCAUGUUAGUUCAGUAUGUGUUCCCUCAGCUGAACAGUGAACACGGCUACCUCAGGGCGCGCUCAUUCUGGCUACUCCAACACUUCACUGAGAUCAGGUGGUCUUCUACUGACGGAGGUCUACCCAGGAACCUGAACCACGCAGUGAGCGCCUCCGUGAACGCGCUGCUCACAGACACAGCCCUGCCCGUGAAGGUGGAGGCGGCGAUGGCCAUAUCCAUCUUCAUAGCCACGCAGGACAGGGUGGAAGAGGUCCUCAAGCCACAGAUGGCCAGCAUCGUCAGGGAGCUCGUCAAGCUCAUCCAGCAGACGGAGAGUGACGACCUCACCAACGUCAUGGCCAAGAUUGUGGCGAGCUACAGCACCCAUCUGGCACCCAUUGCUGUUGAUAUUGCCACGCAGCUCGCUAUAACCUUCCAGCAGGUGCUCAACAGCGAUGACGGGGCAGACGAGCGCGCCAUCACAGCGAUGUCACUUCUCAGCACCGUGGAGACGCUGCUGAGCGCCAUGGAGGAGUCUCCGGAGAUCAUACUCCAGCUGGAGCCUAUAGUCCUCAGCCUCGUGGGCAUGAUACUCGACAAAAACAUCAUGGAGUUCUAUGAAGAAGCUUUAUCCCUGAUCUACAACCUGACCUCUAACCACAUCAGCGCCGAGUUGUGGCAGUGUUACGAUAUGUUGCAUCGUCUCUUCUCCACCGAUGGCUUCGAUUAUUUCAUGGAGAUGUUGCCAGCCCUGCAUAACUUUGUGACGGUUGACACGCCUGCUUUCCUGUCUGUGGAGACCCGUCUGCCUGCGCUCUGUCAGAUGUGCCAGAGCAUCCUGACGAAGGGCGAGGACGAGGACUGCGAGUGCCACGCUGCCAAGCUGCUGGAGGUGGUGAUCCUGCAGUGCUGCCCCCCGCCCCCCGUGCUCCAGGACAUCGCCUCCCUCGUCCUGCAGAGGCUCCUAGACUCCAGUCGUGAAGACUCCAGUCGUGCUGUACAGACUACAGAGCUGCGCACCAUGCUGCUCCAGGUGGUGAUCGCUGGACUGUACACCAACUCUGAAGUGAUGUUGUCGGUGCUGGAGUCGAGCGCCGUGCCCAACACCAACAUGUCGCUGUCGGAACACUUCAUCAAGCAGUGGAUAGAAGACGUUGAUUGCUUCCUUGGCCUACACGACCGCAAGCUCUGCGUCCUGGGCCUCUGCACGCUGCUGCAGCUGGGGCCUGACCGAGUGCCUGCCCUCAGUAACUGCUACAGCAAAAUACUUCCUGCCUUACUAGUGCUCUUCCAGGGACUGAAGAGGGCGUAUGCGGCCAAGGCAGCUGAGGAGAACAAUGAUGAUGAUGAUGACGACGAUGAUGACGAUCCUUCUGACCUGGAGAACGAAGCCCUGGACAGCGACGAGGACGAACUCAAUGAGAAUGAAUCUUACCUCGAGAACCUCAGGGACCACAUCGACAGCCAGGGCUGGGGCAUCACCACGAGCAUACAGGUGGGGCAUAAGCAUACAGGUGCCUAGGGUGGUGUACCAG